GCGGACGCGAAGGAGAGCGCUUUGUCGCGCCUCUCACCAGUUCCACUUUUGACAGCUCGGGGUGCGAGCGCGGCGGACUCGGACCUGGACCCGGACUCGAGGCACGGCGAGGCGCGCGGCGAGGGGCCAACAUGUCCGAGCUCAUUCUCGCGCUGCUCACCAUCUCGGGAUUACUUCCAGUGGCCAAAGUGCUGACGGCGACGGCAGCGCCGGAGCAGGAGCCCCUCGUAUGCGAUGUGGGGGAAUUUCUGUGCCGAGACCAACUGGCUUGUGUCUCCGAGGAAUGGCUUUGUGACGGUGAGCCUGACUGUCCAGAUGGUUCCGACGAGACCCUGGACAGAUGCACUGGGGAGGUGUUGGUGAAGUGUCCCCUCAAUCACAUGCAAUGCAUCGGCACGAAAAAGUGCAUCCACUUCAAUAAACUCUGCAAUGGAGCAAAAGACUGUGAUGACGGCUAUGACGAAGGGGUCCACUGCCGAGAGCUGCUGCCAAAGUGCCAUGAGCUGCGGUGUCGGUACGGCUGUGUCAUGGCCAGGAAUGGAACAUUCUGCUUCUGCGCCGACGGCUUCCAGGUGGAGGUGGAUGGGCGGGGCUGCAGAGAUUAUGAUGAAUGCGCCGUGUAUGGAAUGUGUAGCCAGACCUGUAUGAACACCUUCGGGUCAUACAGGUGCGGUUGUACUGAAGGUUACAUCCUGGAGUCUGACAGAAGGUCCUGCAAAGCCAAAACUGAGCCUGGAGAGACAUCCCCUGUCCUUCUCAUUGGAAACACAGGACAUAUCGCUGUCACACACCUGAAUGGCUCUUUUGUGCCGAGCAUGGAGUCUCUGAGCACAGAUGGGCUCCAGACACUGGAUUUCCACUACAACGACGGGUCGGUCUGCUGGGUUGCCUCCACCAGCUCUGCUAGCCAACUUCACUGUGCCAAGAUGACAAGGUCAAACAUUUUCUCAGAAGAACGGGAGAUGAGAUUCGGCAGAAAUUUGCAAAACGUGGAACAGAUGGCCAUUGACUGGCUCACCGGCAACUUUUAUUUCGUGGAUCGUGUCAGUGAUCGGAUAUUUGUGUGCAGCCAAGGCAAGGACACAUGUGUCACGGUCAUCGAUCUCGAUCUUCACAACCCGAAAGGAAUUGUUCUGGAUCCACUGAUGGGGAAGCUAUUCUUUACGGACUACGGUGCACAGGGAAAGGUGGAGAGGUGCAACCUCGACGGCACCAACAGGACGAGGAUUGUGGACUACAAAGUAGAACAACCUACUGCCAUAGCCCUAGACUUGGUGAAGAAGCUGGUCUACUGGGCCGAUGCCUAUCUGGAUUAUGUGGAAGUCGUGGAUUACUAUGGGAGGAACAGGCAUACAGUUAUUCAGGGGAACUCUGUGUCAUACCUUCACGGAUUAACAGUCUUUGAGGAUUACUUGUUUGCCACGUGCUCAAAACCCACCAAAGGAAAUCAAGUGGACAUUGUACAGAUUAACCGGUUUAAUACCACUGAACCGUGGAUUUUAAGAAGUAUGGAGAGUUCUAAUGUAAUUCAUGUUUACCACAAACUGGCUCAGCCGACAGUCAGAAGCCAUGCUUGCGAGGCCGAUCCAUACGGGAAAGCAGGAGGCUGUGCCCACAUCUGUCUGCUGAGUGGCAGCUACAAGUCCCGGACCUGUCGCUGCCGUGCCGGCUAUGCCUUGGGGAGCGACGGUACCUCCUGCAAAAGACCCAAGAACGAGCUGUUCCUGUUCUACGGGAAAGGGCGGCCGGGCAUCAUCCGAGGUCUGGACAUGAGUGUAAAAUCCAGUGAUGAGCACAUGGUGCCAAUUGAGGAUCUUGUGAACCCACGGGCCCUGGACUUCCAUGCUGAAACAGGCUACAUCUAUUUUGCUGACACCACUAGCUUUUUAAUCGGCCGACAGAAAAUCGAUGGGAGUGGUCGGGAAACAAUCCUCAAAGACGACCUUGAUAAUGUCGAAGGAAUUUCAGUGGACUGGAUAGGGAACAACUUAUAUUGGACAAAUGAUGGAUAUAGAAAAAGUAUCAGUGUCGCCAGAUUGGAGAAAGCAUCCCAGACUAGGAAAACUCUUCUAGAAGGAGAUAUGUCCCACCCCAGGGCCAUAACAGUGGACCCUCUGAAUGGUUGGAUGUACUGGACAGACUGGGAGGAGGAUGAGGUGAAUGACAGCAUCGGAAGGAUAGAGCAGGCAUGGAUGGAUGGCUCCCAUCGGCAGAUAUUUGUGACGUCCAACAUGCUGUGGCCCAAUGGCCUUUCUCUGGACCACAGAACCAGUACCAUGUACUGGUGUGAUGCGUACUAUGACCACAUUGAAAGGAUCUUCCUGAAUGGCACUGGCAGAAUGGUCGUGUAUAAUGGGAAGGAACUGAACCACCCAUUUGGGAUUUCCCAUUACCGUAACUACAUAUUCUGGGCUGACUACAUGAAUGCCUCCAUUUUCCAGUUGGAUUUGCUGUCAAGUGAAGUCACGCUGUUGAGGAGCGAAAGGCCUCCAUUGUUUGGGCUUCGGGUGUAUGAUGCCCAAAGCCAGCUAGGUGACAAUGCAUGUCGAGUCAACUACGGUGGCUGCAGCACCCUGUGUUUGCCCAUCCCGGGGGGUCGCGUCUGUGCGUGUGCAGACAACCAGCACUUGGAGAGGAAUAACAUCACUUGUUCAGGUUUUUCAGGGGAACCUGAACCUCAGCACUGUGCAAGCAAUGAGUUUCAGUGCCGGAACAACCGAUGCAUCCAAGCAUCCUGGAGAUGUGAUGGGGAUGAUGACUGCCUAGAUGGCAGUGAUGAGGAGGCCAGCAUUUGUGAUAGCCACAGUUGCCCUCCUGACCAGUUCAAGUGCCUGAACAACCGCUGCAUACCCAAAAGAUGGCUGUGUGAUGGAACAAAUGACUGUGGAAACAAUGAGGAUGAAUCCAAUGGUACCUGUUCAGCUCAAACUUGUCAGGCCAACCAGUUCUCCUGUCAAAAUGGGCGCUGCAUCCCGGAGACGUGGCGCUGCGACCGUGACGACGACUGCGGGGACCGUUCGGACGAGACUUCCUCGUGCACCUUCCCCACUUGUGAGCCUCUCACCCAGUUCAGCUGUUCCAAUGGGAGAUGUAUCAGCAUCAAAUGGCACUGUGAUUCUGAUGAUGACUGCGGGGAUGGCAGUGAUGAGGUGGGCUGCAUCCGCUCCUGCUCUGGAGCUCAGUUCCAAUGCUCCAGUGGCCGCUGCAUUCCAGAUCACUGGGCCUGCGAUGGUGACAAUGACUGUGGUGACUUCAGUGAUGAAAGCUCUGCCUGUGCAAGGGGUGAACUGCUUCGUGUUAGCGAGUGCAGUGUGGAGGAGUUUCACUGUCGUGCAGAUGGAACAUGUAUCCCAGAGCGCUGGCAGUGUGAUGGGGACAAAGACUGUGAAGAUGGGAGUGAUGAAGUUGGCUGUGAGGGCACCAAGAAGAUGUGUGACCCCAAGGCAAAGUUCACCUGCAGAGAAUCAGGAAAAUGUAUCAGUAAGAACUGGGUGUGUGAUGGAGACCAUGACUGUGAAGACCACUCAGAUGAGGAAGGCUGUGAGGCAUCCAUCUGCAAGCCCCCUAGGUAUCCCUGUGCCAAUGACACCUCUGUCUGCUUGUCACCGGAGCGAAUAUGUAAUGGAAGAUGGGACUGUGCUGACCAAUCAGACGAGGGUCCUUUCUGUGAUGAGUGCUCUCAGAACAAAGGUGGCUGUAGCCAUCACUGCGCUGUGGCCCCCGGCAGAGGGGUGGUCUGCUCCUGCCCACCAGGCCUUCACCUGGGUGUCAAUGGACGGUCCUGUGAGGCAGUAGAUUACUGUGCUCGGCGGCUGCGUUGCAGCCAGGUGUGUGAGCAAUACAAGACCACUGUGAAGUGCUCCUGCUAUCCUGGCUGGAGACUGGGCCCGGAUGGGGAGGAAUGUCAGAACACAGACCCAUUUGAGGCCUUUGUCAUUUUCUCCAUUCGUCAUGAGAUCAGACGGAUAGACCUGCACAAGCGGGACUACAGCCUGCUUGUACCCGGACUCAGGAACACCAUUGCCCUGGACUUCCACUUCAACCAAAGUUUGUUGUACUGGACUGAUGUCGUGGAGGAUAAGAUUUAUAGAGGAAGGCUCUCUGAAACAGGAGGGGUGACUGGGAUUGAGGUGGUUGUGCAGCAUGGCCUUGCAACCCCGGAGGGCUUGGCUGUGGAUUGGAUUGCAGGCAACUUGUACUGGAUUGACAGCAACCUGGACCAGAUUGAGGUGGCCAAACUCAGUGGGGCCAUGCGCACCACGCUGAUUGCUGGCGGGAUGGAACAUCCACGAGCUAUCGCUUUGGACCCUGGGCAAGGAAUACUGUUCUGGACAGACUGGGAUGCCACGUUUCCUCGGAUUGAAGCGGUAUCAAUGAGUGGGGAGGGGCGCCACAUUGUUUUUAAAGACAUGGAGAUGGGGGCGUGGCCUAAUGGGCUCACCUUAGACCAUCUGGAGAAGAGGAUCGUGUGGACUGAUGCUCGGUCUGAUGCUAUAUUCUCGGCCCUGUAUGAUGGGAGUGGAGUGAUCGAGAUCCUGAGGGGCCAUGAGUACCUGUCGCACCCCUUUGCUGUCUCUCUGUUUGGGGGUAGUGUGUACUGGACUGACUGGAGAACAAACACACUGGCCAAGGCCAACAAAUGGACAGGGAGCAAUGUGACUGUGAUCCAGAAGACCAGUGCCCAGCCCUUCGACCUGCAGAUCUACCACCCUUCCAGGCAGCCUCAGGCCUUGAAUCCAUGUGAAGCCAACGAAGGAAAGGGUCCCUGCUCUCACCUGUGCCUCAUCAACUACAAUCGCUCAGCUGCCUGUGCCUGCCCACACCUCAUGAAACUGUCCCCCAACAACAGGUCCUGCUUUGCUGUAAAGAGGUUCCUGCUGUAUGCCAGGCGAUCAGAAAUCCGUGGGGUGGACAUUGACAACCCGUACAUGAACAUCAUAACUGCCUUGACGGUGCCCGACAUUGAUGAUGUCACAGUUGUGGACUAUGAUACCCUGGAUGAGAGAAUCUACUGGGCUGAUGUGAAAACCCAAACAAUAAAACGGGCCUUCAUUAACGGGACUGGUUUGGAAACAAUUGUGUCUGGAGAUCUGUUAAAUGUCCGGGGUUUGGCUUUGGACUGGUUAUCAAGGAACAUGUACUGGAUAAGCUCAGAAAACGAUGAGACUCAGAUAAACGUUGCCCGUCUGGACGGAUCUCUGAAGACUUCUGUGAUUCAUGGGAUUGACAAACCCAAGUGUCUCGUGGUACAUCCCUCGAAAGGGAAAAUUUAUUGGACUGAUGGCAAUACGAUAAGUGUGGCAAACAUGGAUGGAAGCAAUAAUAAGAUCCUCCACCAAAACCAGAGAGAACCAGUCGGCUUGUCAAUAGACUAUGCAGCAAGCAAGUUAUACUGGAUUAGCUCCGGCAACGGUACCAUCAACAGGUGCAACCUGGAUGGCAGUGGCUUGGAGGUGAUAGAGUCUAUGAAGAAGGAACUAGUAAAAGCCACAGCACUGGCUGUCAUGGGUGGCAAGUUGUGGUGGGCAGAUGACAAUUCUGCCCAGCUGGGCACUGUCACCAAGCGGGACGGCCGUAAUCCUGUGGUAAUGCGGAACAAGACCACUGGGGUGGUCCACAUGAAGGUUUACGACAAGGAAGGCCAAAAAGGGAGGAACCCCUGUCAGCUGAACAACGGCGGCUGUUCCCAGCUCUGCUUCCCCACCUCAGAGACGACCAGAAGCUGCUCCUGUACAGUGGGCUACCACCUACGUGCUGACCGCAGGUCUUGUGAAGGAAUUGGGUCCUUCCUGAUGUAUUCCAUUCACGAGGGCAUUCGCGGAAUCUCUCUAGACCCCAAUGACAACAUGGAAGCCCUGAUGCCCAUAACGGGUGCACUCUUUGCCGUCGGUGUGGAUUUUCAUGCAGGGAAUGACACCAUCUACUGGACGGACAUGGGUUUAAACCGGAUCUCAAGAGUGAAAAGAGAUCAGACGUGGAAAGAGGACAUCAUCACCAGUGGUAUUGGCAGGGUGGAGGGCAUAGCUGUGGACUGGAUUGCUGGUAACAUUUAUUGGACAGACCACGGAUUCAACCUGAUAGAGAUUGCACAGCUCAAUGGGAUGUACCGGUCAGUGGUCAUGUCCCAGGGACUUGAUCAGCCCAGAGCUAUCGCUGUGCAUCCUGUGAAAGGGUACAUGUUCUGGACAGAAUGGGGCCAGACGCCAGGUAUCGGGAGAGCACGCCUGGACGGCUCCGAUAAGGUGGCCCUGGUCAACUCAGGUGUGGCCUGGCCCAAUGGGAUCACCAUUGACUUUGAGGAAAAUAAAUUGUAUUGGUGUGAUGCCCGUACUGACAAGAUAGAGAGGAUCAGCCUUGAGACUGGAGAAAGCCGGGAGAUUGUGCUGUCAGGGAGCAAUGUGGAUUUGUUUUCUGUGGCUGUCUACGGGGCUUACAUAUACUGGUCUGACAGGGCACACGCCAACGGCUCCAUCCGGAGGGGCUUCAAGAGCGACGCCACAGAGGCCCAAACCCUGAGGAGCGGCUUGGGGGUCAACCUGAAGGACGUGAAAGUCUUUAACCGAGGCCGGGAGAAAGGCACCAACCCAUGUGCCAGGAGCAAUGGUGGCUGCCAGCAGUUGUGCUUCUACCUCGGCAGCGGGAGGAGGACAUGUGCAUGUGCCCAUGGCUACCUGGCUGAGGAUGGCUUGAACUGCCAUCGAUACGAUGGCUACCUUCUCUACUCGGAGCGCACAGUCUUGAAGAGCAUCCAUCUCUCAGACGAGGGCAACUUGAACUCACCUGUGCAGCCAUACGAGAACCCAGCAUACUUCAGGAAUGUCAUCGCUUUGGCCUUUGAUCACAGACAGCCUUCUCUCGGCACCAAUCGCAUCUUCUUCAGCGAUGUUCAUUUCGGCAACAUCCAGGUCAUCAACGAUGAUUGGUCUGGGCGGCAAGUCCUCAUCGAAAAUGUGGGUUCAGUCGAGGGCCUGGCCUACCACCGGGCCUGGGAUACCCUGUACUGGACCAGCUCCACCACCUCCACCAUCAGCCGGCUCACCAUUGACCAGAGCCGGCGGGGUGCUUUCAGCAGAGAGGCUGUCGUCAGCAUGUCUGAGGAAGACCACCCACAUGUUCUCGUCCUGGAUGAGUGUCAGAAUUUGAUGUUUUGGACUAAUUGGAAUGAGCAGCACCCAAGCAUUAUAAGAUCGACACUAGCAGGAAAAAACAUGCAGAUUAUUGUGAGCAUGGAUAUUAUAACCCCUAAUGGGCUGACCAUUGACCACAAGGCUGAGAAGCUCUACUUCUCUGAUGGAAGUCUUGGGAAAAUCGAAAGGUGUGAAUACGACGGGUCACACAGAUAUGUCAUUGUGAAGUCAGGGCCAGGAACCUUUUUUGGCCUGGCAAUUUAUGGAGACUUCAUCUUUUGGUCAGAUUGGGUGCGAAGGGCUGUGCUACGCUCCAAUAAGUAUACAGGUGGAGAUAUGAAAGUGCUUCGAGCCGACAUUCCUCACCAGCCUAUGGGAAUAGUGGCAGUGGCUCCAGACACCAACAGCUGUGAACUGUCUCCAUGCAGAGAAAUGAACGGAGGUUGCAGUGACCUUUGCCUAUUAAGUGCGGAUGGCAUGGUGAACUGUAGCUGCAGGGGAGAUCGUGUUUUACUGGAUGACAACAGAUGCGUAUCCAAGAACUCAUCCUGUAACAUCCACCUGGAGUUUGAAUGUGGCAACGGUCAGUGCAUUGACUACCAGUUAACAUGCGAUGGAAUAGCUCAUUGCAAAGACAAGUCGGAUGAGAAAAUGCAAUAUUGCGAUAACCGGAGUUGCAGGAAGGGAUUCCGUCCUUGCUACAAUCAGCGCUGUGUUACCAACAGGCGCUUCUGUGACGGCACAGACGACUGCGGAGAUAAUUCAGAUGAGGUGUUUUGUGGAAACUCAACAUGCACAUCCUCAGAGAUCCGCUGUCAAGAUGGGACCUGUAUUCCGUACUCAGCCUGGUGCAACCAGAUGAUUGACUGCCCUGAUGCCUCUGAUGAGAAGAAUUGUAAUAACACGGACUGCGAGGAUUACUACAGGCUCGGAGUGAAAGAGAAAGGGUUCAUCAGCUGCAACUCUACAUCGCUCUGCAUCCGCCCCUCCUGGAUUUGUGAUGGCGCCAACGACUGUGGGGAUUAUGCAGACGAAACUAACUGCCAGGUUUCUCUUGGACACCACUGUGAAGAUGGCCACUUUGCUUGCCCCAGUGGCAACUGCAUCUCCAGCGUGUGGCUGUGUGAUGGACAGAAAGACUGUGAAGAUGGAGCAGAUGAAUACCAGUGUGACUCCUCCUGUUUGUGGAACCAGUUUGCUUGUUCCAAGCACAAGUGCAUUGCUAAGCAGUGGCUGUGUGAUGGUGAAGAUGACUGCGGUGAUGGCCUUGAUGAGAGCAAAGAGAUCUGUGGCUCAGUGACCUGCGCCCCUGGCUUAUUCAGCUGCCCAGGGUCUUAUGCCUGCGUCCCCCGGCGCUGGCUCUGUGAUGGCGAGCGGGACUGCCCUGAUGGCAGCGACGAACUCUCUGCUGCUGGCUGUGCUCCCAAUAACACAUGUGAUGAGAAUUCAUUCUGGUGCCGCAAUAAGGCUUGCAUCCCCAAGCGUUUUGUUUGUGACCAUGAUGACGACUGCGGUGAUGGCUCUGAUGAGUCUCCUGAAUGUGCGUACCGGUCCUGCGGCAAGGGGGAGUUCCGCUGUGCAGAUGGCAGGUGCCUGCUGAGUGCACAGUGGGAAUGCGAUGGCCACCCAGACUGCCUGGACCACUCAGACGAGCUGCCAUGGAACCCAAAGUGCUCAGCAGCAGAGAGCCUCUGUAACAACUCCUUCUUCAUGUGCGCUAAUGGGAGGUGCAUCUCCGCGGGCAGUGUCUGUGAUGGGAAGGAGGACUGUGGAGAUAGCUCAGAUGAGCGCAGCUGCCGUGUCAACGAGUGUCUGAAUCGGCGUGUAAGCGGCUGCUCGCAGGACUGUGAGGACCUCCUGGUCGGAUACAAGUGCAAAUGCUGGGCAGGAUUCCGCCUGAAGGAUGAUGGGAAAACGUGUGUCGACAUUGAUGAGUGUUCGUCCAGCCUGCCUUGCAGCCAGCUUUGCAUCAACACAUACGGGUCCUACAGGUGUUUGUGUGCAGAUGGCUACGAAGCCCCAGCAAACAGCCCCCAUAGCUGCAAGUCUCUCUCAGCUGAAGAACCUUUUUUAAUAUUAUCCGACCAUCAUGAAAUAAGGAAAAUUAGUGUUGAUGGCUCAAACUACACAAUUCUGAAGCAGGGCCUCAAUAACAUUAUUGCAAUAGACUUUGACUACAGGAAGGAGUUUAUAUACUGGAUCGACUCCAGCAGACCUAGUGGACGAAGGAUAAAUCGAAUGCGCCUGAAUGGGAGUGACCUCAAGGUAAUUCACCGAACAGUAGUUCCAAGCACACUGGCUGUGGACUGGAUUGGGAAGAACCUUUACUGGUGUGACAUGGAGAGGAGGACCCUGGAGGUGUCCAAGGUCAAUGGCCUCUACCCAGCCAUUCUCCUGAGUUCAGGGUUGCGAAGCCCCAGAGACCUGGCCCUGGAUGCCCAGACAGGGUAUAUCUUCUGGAUUGACUGCUGUGAGUACCCCCACAUUGGGAGAGCCGGCAUGGACGGCAGCAACCAUGUUGUGAUCGUCGACAAAGAAAUAUACAGCCCAACAGCCUUAACCAUUGACUUCACAAACAAAAGACUCUACUGGGCUGACGAGAACCACAUCUUGUUUGUGAACAUGGAUGGCUCACAAAGACACAAGGUGGCAAAUGGAGAGGUCCGCAGUGUGAUGGGGCUGACGUUAUUCGAGGACUACAUCUAUUGGACUGAUGGGAAAUCCAAGUCCCUCAACCGUGCCCACAAAACCUCAGGGGACAAAAGAGAGGAGCUUCUGAGCUCAUGGCAGGCCAUCACAGGAGUAAAGGUGUACCACCCUUUUCGUCAGCCUGACGUACCCAAGCAUCAGUGUCAGGUGACCAACGGAGGCUGCAGCCACCUGUGCCUCCUGUCCCCAGGUAGCAGCUACAGGUGUGCCUGCCCCACCAACUUUUACCUUGCCUCUGACAAUAAGACCUGCCUCUCCAACUGCACAGCCAGUCAGUUUCGCUGUGGGACGGAUGAGUGUAUUCCCUUCUGGUGGAAGUGUGACACCGUGGAUGACUGUGGGGAUGGAUCUGAUGAGCCUGCAGACUGUCCGGAAUUUAAGUGCCAGCCAGGACGAUUCCAGUGUGGAACUGGCCUCUGUGCUCUGCCACCUUUCAUCUGCGAUGGGGAAAAUGAUUGCGGAGACAAUUCUGAUGAAGCCAAUUGCGACACGUACAUCUGCCUGUCAGGACAGUUCAAAUGCACCCACAAGCAGAAGUGCAUCCCGCUCAACUUGCGCUGCAAUGGUCACGAUGACUGUGGGGAUGGCGAGGAUGAAAUGGACUGCCCGGAGAGCACAUGCUCCCCAGACCAGUUUCAGUGCAAGACCACUAUGCACUGCAUUUCCAGGCUGUGGGUCUGCGAUGAGGACCCGGACUGCGCUGAUGGGUCAGAUGAGGCCAGCUGUGAUGAGAAGACGUGCGGCCCUCAUGAAUUCCGCUGCCGAAACAACAACUGCAUCCCAGAGCACUGGAGGUGCGACAGCCAAAGCGAUUGCGGAGACAACUCCGACGAGGAAAACUGCAAGCCAGUGACCUGCACUGCCAAGGACUUUGCCUGCUCUAAUGGGGAGUGCAUCUCUGCACGCUUCCGCUGCGAUGGGGACUACGACUGUGUUGAUAACUCUGACGAGAAAGAUUGUGAGGCACGGUGCUCAGGGGACCAGUUCCAGUGCUCCAAUAACCAGUGUAUCUCACGCAAGUGGCUCUGCGAUGGCCAGGAGGACUGCAAGAUGGGCGAGGACGAGAACGAUUGCGAUGGCACAGUGGCCGCUCCUCCAUGUUCCCUGGAUGAGUAUGACUGUGUUGCUGGGGGCUGUGUGUCCGCCAACCGGAGGUGCGAUGGGCACGACGAUUGCUCAGAUGGUUCUGAUGAGGUGGAUUGCAUCCAGGAGUGCCGGGAGGACCAGUUCCUAUGCCGGAACCGGGCUCAUUGCGUGCCACGUCGGUGGCUUUGUGAUGACAUGCAUGACUGUAUGGACCACAGCGAUGAGGAGGAUUGUGACCAUGGGGGAUAUUUUUGCCGGGCUGAUGAAUUCAUGUGCAACAAUACUCUUUGCAAACUGCACGUGUGGGUGUGUGAUGGCGAGGACGACUGUGGAGACAACUCAGAUGAAGACCCUGAGAUGUGUGCAAGGUUCCUCUGCCCACCUAUGAGGCCCUACCGCUGCCAGAACGACAGAGUGUGCCUUCACACCAUGGAGGUCUGUGAUGGCAAGGAUGACUGUGGGGACGGCUCGGAUGAGGAGGAAUGCGGGGACAUGUCAGAGCACCCCAGGCCAUGUGGGAAGGCUGAGUUUGCUUGCCGCAGUGGCCGCUGCAUUCCUGCCGAGCUGCGGUGUGAUCUGUUUGAUGACUGUGGCGACGGCGGCUCUGAUGAGCUUCAUUGCAAGCCCUUUCAAGGUGAAGGUGUAUGUAGAAGAGGAGUAAAUCCCUGUGGGGAUGAUGCCAUCUGCAACCAAACAGACACUGGUGCCAUGUGUCAGUGCAAGCCAGGCUUUGAGCGCAACCACCAGACAAAGCAGUGUGAAGAAGUGAAUGAAUGUCUUCACUUUGGGACUUGCUCUCAUUACUGUACAAAUUUUAAAGGAUCUUUCAAGUGUGCUUGUGACAGGAAUUUUGAAGAAGUCAAUGGAAACUGUAUAGCAAAAGGACCAGAAGAUCAAGUGCUCUACAUAGCUAAUGACACUGAAAUCCGAGGUUUUGUGUAUCCAUUUAACCAGAGCCAUGGACACAAACAACUAGCACGCACCGAGGACAAUGCCCGCAUCAUUGGGAUGGAUGUUCUGUUUCAUGGACACAAGUUUGUCUGGGCUACCCAGUUUAAUCCGGGUGGAAUUUUUUACAAAGACAUCCUAGACAGAAGUCAGUCUAAAACAAAUAGCGGAAUAAUAUGUCCGGAUUUCCGAAGGCCAAGGGACAUCUCAGCGGACUGGGUGACAGGGAACAUCUACUGGACAGAUCACUCAAGGAUGCACUGGUUCAGCUACUAUACAGCUCACUGGACUAGGCUAAGAUAUUCAAUAAAUGUGGGCCAGCUUGGAGGACCAAACUGCACCCGAUUGAUAACGGACAUUGCUGGGGAACCUUACUCCAUUGCUGUCAACCCAACCCAAGGGAUGAUGUACUGGACAGUGAUUAGUGACCAUUCACACAUUGAGGAGGCAGCUAUGGAUGGCACUAUGCGCAGGGUCCUGCUUGAGAAGAACCUGAGGAGACCCACAGGACUGGCCAUUGAUUACUUCAACCAACGACUGUACUGGGCUGAUGUGGAGUUCUCUAAAAUAGGCAGUGUACGCUUUGAUGGGUCCGAUUCCCAGGUGGCUGUCAGCAGCAAACAUGGAAUAUAUCAGCCUCAUAAGAUUGAUAUAUUUGAAGAUUACAUCUAUGGGACUGGACUGAGAAAUGGUGUUUUCCGGGUUAAAAAAUUUGGUCAAGGACUUGCAGAACACCUGGAUCUAAAAAUGGAAAAAGUAUCAAGUGUCCUGAUCUUCCAUCGAUUCAAACACCAGGACGUGCCCAACCCUUGCUUGAAGAUGAGCUGUGACUUCUUAUGCCUGCUGAACCCGGCUGGCUCCAGCUGUGCAUGCCCUGAGGGAAAGGCACUCAUCAAUGGCUCCUGCAGCGAUGGCAGUGUUUCAGGAGAGCUCUGUCGACCAGCCUGUGAAAAUGGUGGGCGUUGCUUGACCAAUGAGAAGGGCCAGGGGAGGUGUUACUGCUGGCCAAACUUCUCGGGAGAGCACUGCGAGGUCAGCCACUGCAAAGACUACUGUCUGAAUGGAGGCACCUGCUCCAGUUCCCCCCUAGGACGUCCCACCUGUCGCUGUCCCAUGGGCUUCACAGGGCCCUACUGUGAAAGGCGGGUUUGUGACAAUUACUGUUUCAACGGGGGGACCUGUGACGUGAGCCUGGGCAACCAGCCUGUGUGUCGCUGCAUGGCGGAAUACACUGGAGACCGAUGCCUGCACCAUAUCUGCCACCAUUAUUGUGUGAACUCCAAAGCCUGCACACUCUCGAGCAGCGGUCACGUUGAGUGCGUUUGCCCAGCGCAGUACGAGGGCACCCGAUGUGAGGUCGACAAAUGCCUUCUGUGCCAAGGGGCGCCAUGCAUCGUGGACCGCGAUACCUCUGACGUUACCUGCAACUGUACUAAUGGCAGGAUUGCGUCAAGCUGUCAGCUGUGUGACGGUUACUGCUACAACGGCGGCACCUGUCACCUCGACUCAGAGACCAACUUGCCUUUCUGUCACUGCACGACCGGGUUCAGAAGCCAGCGCUGUGAUGAGCGGGCGAACCCGUGCGAUUACUACUGUCAAAACGAGGGGAUUUGCACCCUAACUGCAUUUAAAAAGCCCCGGUGCAAGUGUUCAGCCAACUGGUCAGGUACGCAGUGUGAAAGACCGGCCCCUAAGAGCAGCCGCUCUGACAACGUCACUGGAAGAAGCAUAGCAAUCAUAGUGCCCCUGGUCCUGCUUGUCAUACUAAUUACUACACUGGUGGCUGGGGUCCUCAUCUGCAGAAGAAUGCAGAGGGGCAAGCGAGUACAGCGUCAGCCCAUGACGAAUGGGGGCAUAAAUGUGGAGAUUGGCAACCCAUCAUACAACAUGUAUGAAGUGGAGCAUGACAACCAUGCUGAUGCUGGGAGCAUCCUGCAUCCAAACUUUACACUGGACCCUCAUAAGGGCUGGUGUGUUAAAUCCAGCGAUCCUCGCAGCCUACCAGUUCACACUGUCCCAAAGGAGAUUAUUCCAGGACAGUCAAUAAACUACUCCAACCCGAUAUACGCAAAGAUAUACCUAGAUGGGCAGAACUGUCGGAAACCGGUCAUCAACAUUGACGAGAGAAGAGAGCUACUCCCAAAGAAGCUGGAAGGGACGAUUCGAGAAACAGCUGCAUAGCUUGCUUAUAUGCUCUUUUAUAUUAUCUGUAUAAAGCUGUACAAUAUAAAGGAGGAAACAGAGGUCUUUUCUAUGCCCCACCAGGUUCUUAGAAUCUUUUUCCUUGUAUUAAUUUUUCAUCAGCGUUACCUCCUUAUUCUGGUGGUGUGCUGAGAGUUGCUGACUUUUUAUGUCUUUUUUUUUUUUUAAAUCAGUUCUGCACUAUAUAUAAAACAUUAGA